GGAAGGAAAACUUCUGCUAAAAGAGAGUUUUCCUGGUAUUUCCUUUCACAAAAAGAUGCCGCGGAGGAAGAAGUGCAAUCUAAUUGUAAAUAAUAACGAAGCAAACGAUGCUGAUGGGAGAAAUGAUGAAAACAGAAGUGCGAGAGGACAGAGAAAGGCCAGACAUACUGCCAGGAAGUUGAGAGAUUCAUCUUCAGACGAGGAAUUUGAACUGGUCAACAUUGAUGAGAUAAUUCACGAUCCUCCGGAAGAAGCUGAACCUGAAGGCAUCCCAAAUACCUGCACAGUGUAUGACAACAAUGGAAUGAAGGAGUAUAAGUGCAGCAAGUGUCCAAAGGUCUACACACGUCCCAGUAAGCUGAGAAAACACUUCCGGAAACACACUGGCGAGACUCGAGCAAAGUGGUACAACUGUGAGCAAUGUUCCAAGCAAUUCUCCACCGCUCUGAAGCUGGAUAAGCAUGUAAUCCGACGCCAUGGCAAUGAAACGCUUACUGAGAAUGCGGGAAGCUCCAGAGAAACUUCAAAAGUCGUUAUUAAGAAGGAACCGGACUUCUUUGAAGAAGGUUCCGAUGUGGACAUCAAGCAGGAGAUGGAGCUUGAGGAUGAGGGGAUCCUGCAGCCGAAAACUGAGCUGUUUGAGUAUUCACCUGCUCGACCGGGUUCUUCGCGAUCCUCCGAGUUCUAUCCCGAGGACGAAUUGAAGUCAGAAGACUUGCCAGAGAGAGACCCUAUACCGCCUGUUGAGACUGAAGAAGGGAGAGAUGGCCAGGAUGUGUGUGAGGACUCGCCUAAGAAGAUCAUCAGAAGAGCGAGACGAGUGAGAGAUGAGGAGGAACAAUUGGAAGUGAGAAAGAAGCGCAAGAAGAGGACAGCGUCAAAGGUGAAGGAGCCGAAGGAGAAGAAAAAGAGACUCUCUAGGAUGGAAUUGUUUCGACUCAGGCCCCACAAGUGCCCCCACUGUGUUAAGAGGUAUACAGCGAAAGAGAAUUUGGAGGCUCAUAUGGAAUUUCACACAAGGCGUGAGAAUCCCUUCCCGUGUGACAAGUGCGAGAUGUCCUUCAACACCUUCGGUGCUCUUCGCUUUCACAUUGGCAAAGUGCACGUAGACAGGAACUGCAAAGUGUGCGGAGAAUUAAUGGCCACGCUCACGGAUCAGUUGCGACACAAGACGAUGCAUCAGAACAAGGAGGAGUACAAGUUUGAGUGUGACAUCUGCCAUAAGCGCUUCGCUCGGGGGCCUUCAGUUACGCUACACAAGGAGAAGAUCCACUCCGGAGGGCCGCUGAAGUGUCUCAACUGUCCGGAGAGCUUCACGAAGCCAGUGUAUCUUCUUGGUCAUGCGCUGGAGAAGCACGGAGAUGACAAGCCGUUCGGCUGCACACUUUGCAGUUACCGCAGCAAUCGCCAAUACCAUGUGGACAUCCACUUCCGAUCGCACUCUCUGGACAUGCAAUUGCAUUGCGAUGUGUGUGGGCGCUUUUUCACCAACAUGAGCAAUUUCAACACUCACAAGAAGGAGCACGAGAAUAAUCCCGCCGACGUAGACUACAGGACGUGCAAAGUGUGCGGGAAAGUAUUCGCGCGGCGGACCUACCUCAAUAAGCACAUGAAGAUACACUCGGGCGAUUUGCCCUUCCAGUGUGCCGACUGCGAGAAGAGAUUCACAACGAAGGGACAACUCGUCGCCCACAUGAUCAUCCACUCGAAUGUGCGGCCGUACCAGUGCGAGAUCUGCGCCAAGACAUUCCCUCGCUCGGGCACAUUAAAGAUCCACAGGCGCUUUCACACCAACGAGCGACCUUACCAGUGCCGCGUCUGCUCCAAGGCUUUCCACUCAGCCACGCUGAGGAAGACCCAUGAAAAGACCCACACAGGAGACACGCGGAAGUACACCUGCACCUUCUGUGGGCGCGUUUACGUGAGUCACAAAUGCUUCAAGGCGCACUUGCAAAUGCACCAGACCAACGAGGUGUCCUACAAUUGUCCCACCUGCGGCAUCUGCUUCAUGAAAAUGUCCAGGCUUAACAAGCACAUCCUUACGCACGUGAAGGGACUCGUCCCGGAUCAUCAGGAGCCACAAUUGAAUGUUCAAUCAAUACAAGUAAUGUCCUUAUUUUGCGACGUUGAGGACUCUUCACAGAUAAAAAGUGCCACAGGAAGUGAGACUGAAGAGGUGUGUAGAAUAUGCGUCGAGAAGUGCACUGUGUUCCAGAGUAUCUUCAGGGAAAAUGACCAAGAAUAUUUGUCACAGUAUUUCGGGAUUCUUGUGCAGGAGACGGAUAGUUGGCCAAAGUCCAUCUGCAGUCUCUGUCAUGAUCAGAUGAAAGUUGCUAUGCAAUUUAUCAUCAAAGUCCACAACAGCGAGAAGCUUCUUUGUGGUUUGUUUGGAAGGUUGCGGCAAAUCCCUGUGAAGCCAGACAUCGAGAUUGUGGAAGUGAAAGAGGACCAAGAGAAGUGUGAAAAUGAAGAUGAUGAGCACAAUCUAGGAAGCGAAUCGUCUACUAGUUUUGAUGAUCAUCAGGAGGAAACAUUGUCAAAUGAUGAAGAUUCUCAUUCAGAUCCUCUGGGGACUUCUGCAAAGGAUGUGCUCGAGACAUCUGAGCAAAACAAAUUGCGGAAUGAUAAAGAGAAACGAGACGUACAGUUGAGUCGCAUAGAAGAAUUCUUUAAAAUGGACUGCGAAAUAUGUGACAAGAAGUGUGCGAAAUUGAGAGAUUUGCAGAUUCAUUUCCGCCAAGAGCACAAGCAGAAAGCUUUUGUCGUGUGCUGCAAGUCCAAAUUCAGGCACAGGUGCAAAAUUCAGGAGCAUAUGGAACUUCAUCUCAAUCCUGAUGCCUUCAAAUGUGUGGAAUGCGGUAAGAUGUCGAGGACAAAGUACAAUCUUCAUCUGCACAUGAAGAACAGUCACACCCCGAAGGAGUUUCACAAAUUCAUGUGCGACAAGUGUCCAGCCACUUUCAUGACGAUGGAGAGAUACAAAAAGCACGCAUUUGUCCAUCUACCAGAGGACAAGAAGGCAAACAAGUGCCCAAAGUGCAGCAAAGCCUUCGCCUUCAAAGCGAAUCUCAGAAUCCACGUUGAGCAGGUGCACAAUAAAGGACCUUCAGAGCACAUUUGUGAGGUGUGUGCAAAGAUUUUCAGCAAUGCUGAAGUUUUUCGUCGUCACUCGAAGACCCACUGCAAAGAGAGACUGCGGAAGUUUUCCUGUAACACCUGUGAUAAGACAUUUGUGUAUGAAUAUCACCUGAAGAGGCACAUACUGAGGCACAAUGACUCUGGAGAGACGUUUGUGUGUCAUAUUUGCGGAAAGAGUGCGCCGAAUGGACCGGCUUUGAAUGCCCACAUCAAUUACGUUCACAUCAAGGAGAGGAAUCACAAAUGCAACCAGUGCGACAGCGCUUUCAAGACACCCAGAGCGCUCAGGCAGCAUGUGAUUUGCCAUCACACUGGAGAAGUGCUCUACACCUGCGUCUUCUGCUAUAAGAGAUUUAAAUGCAGAACGUCCAAAUACUUCCACCAGAAACAUCAACAUCCGGCGGAGUACAAAGAGAUGCAGGAGAAGAAGAAGGCUCAGUAAUUACUCGAAGAAUAGGUGAAAUGAACACAUGAUCUCAACAAAGGGUGGUGAAAACACAAUAAAUAUAAG